CGCGCACCGGCUGCCCGCUGCCGCCGCUCCUGCUCGCGCCGGCGCUGCACGGGAACCUGCCCGCGGUCCCCAGCUUUGUGCUUCCCGCUGAAGAUGGGAGCGACCUCUUCCUGAUCGGGAGAUAUUUAAAAGGAGGGGGUGCGCCGUAUUUCCUACUAGCGUGGAGGAACAGAGGGAAGGAUCUAUCCACACUUCCCCAAACCAGUAGGCUGGGACAGUUGGAAAUCUGCCAUUGUACAACAUGCUGCGAGUAAGUCUCUCACCCACCUUUUCGCCGGGAUUUCAUCUGUUAGCCUUCGUGGCUCUCUUAUUUUCCCACGUGGACCAUAUACGCGCUGAGACCGAAAUGGAAGGAGAAGGCAAUGAAACUGGCGAGUGUACCGGCUCAUAUUACUGUAAGAAAGGGGUGAUUUUACCCAUUUGGGAGCCCCAAGACCCUUCCUUUGGAGACAAAAUUGCUAGAGCUACUGUGUAUUUUGUGGCCAUGGUCUACAUGUUUCUCGGAGUUUCAAUCAUUGCUGACCGGUUCAUGUCCUCUAUAGAAGUCAUCACGUCUCAAGAAAAAGAAAUAACCAUAAAGAAACCCAAUGGAGAGACCACCAAGACAACUGUGAGGAUCUGGAAUGAGACGGUUUCCAACCUGACCUUGAUGGCCCUGGGAUCUUCUGCUCCAGAGAUCCUCCUUUCGGUCAUUGAAGUGUGCGGCCAUAACUUCCAUGCAGGAGACCUCGGUCCUAGCACCAUCGUGGGAAGUGCCGCCUUCAAUAUGUUCAUCAUCAUUGCCCUUUGCGUUUACGUGGUCCCAGAUGGAGAGACAAGGAAGAUCAAGCAUUUGCGUGUGUUCUUUGUGACGGCAGCCUGGAGCAUCUUUGCCUAUACCUGGCUUUACAUCAUUUUGUCUGUCAUCUCUCCUGGGGUCGUGGAGGUCUGGGAAGGUUUGCUUACGUUCUUCUUUUUUCCCAUCUGUGUUGUGUUCGCUUGGGUAGCAGAUAGAAGGCUUCUGUUCUACAAGUAUGUCUACAAGAGGUAUCGGGCUGGCAAGCAGAGGGGGAUGAUUAUCGAACAUGAAGGAGACAGGCCAUCUUCCAAGACUGAAAUUGAAAUGGAUGGCAAAGUGGUCAAUUCCCAUGUUGACAAUUUCUUAGAUGGAGCCCUGGUUCUGGAGGUCGAUGAGCGGGACCAGGACGAUGAAGAGGCAAGGCGAGAAAUGGCUAGGAUUCUGAAGGAACUCAAGCAGAAGCAUCCGGAGAAAGAAAUAGAACAAUUGAUAGAAUUAGCGAACUACCAAGUCCUAAGUCAGCAGCAAAAGAGUCGCGCAUUUUACCGCAUUCAAGCAACUCGCCUGAUGACCGGAGCUGGCAACAUCUUAAAGAGGCACGCAGCUGACCAAGCAAGGAAGGCUGUCAGCAUGCACGAGGUGAACCCUGAAGUGGCUGAAAAUGACCCUGUUAGUAAGAUCUUCUUUGAACAAGGGACAUACCAGUGUCUGGAGAACUGUGGUACGGUAGCCCUGACCAUUAUCCGCAGGGGUGGGGAUCUGACCAACACUGUGUUUGUCGACUUCCGAACCGAGGAUGGCACGGCCAAUGCUGGGUCUGAUUAUGAAUUCACUGAAGGAACUGUGGUCUUUAAGCCUGGUGAGACCCAGAAGGAGAUCAGAGUUGGCAUCAUCGAUGAUGAUAUCUUUGAGGAGGAUGAAAAUUUCCUCGUGCAUCUCAGCAAUGUCAAAGUAUCUUCUGAAGCGUCAGAAGAUGGCAUCCUGGAAGCCAAUCAUGUGUCCACACUCGCUUGCCUUGGAUCUCCCUCCACUGCCACUGUGACUAUUUUUGAUGAUGACCACGCAGGCAUCUUUACUUUUGAGGAAUCCGUGACUCAUGUGAGUGAGAGCAUUGGCAUCAUGGAGGUGAAAGUGUUGAGAACAUCCGGAGCCCGAGGAAAUGUUAUCGUUCCCUAUAAAACCGUUGAAGGGACUGCCAGAGGUGGAGGCGAGGACUUUGAGGACACCUGUGGAGAGCUCGAGUUCCAGAACGAUGAAAUUGUCAAAACAAUAUCAGUCAAGGUAAUUGAUGAUGAGGAGUAUGAGAAAAACAAGACCUUCUUCCUUGAGAUUGGAGAGCCCCGCCUGGUGGAGAUGAGUGAGAAGAAAGCCCUGUUAUUGAAUGAGCUUGGUGGCUUCACAAUAACAGGAAAAUACUUCUGUGGCCAACCAGUCUUCAGGAAAGUUCAUGCUAGAGAACAUCCAAUUCCCUCUACUGUAAUCACCAUUGCAGAGGAAUGUGAUGACAAGCAGCCCCUGACCAGCAAAGAGGAGGAGGAGAGGCGCAUUGCGGAAAUGGGGCGCCCUAUCCUGGGAGAGCACACCAAGCUGGAAGUGAUCAUUGAAGAAUCCUAUGAAUUCAAGAGUACCGUGGACAAACUUAUUAAGAAGACGAACCUAGCCCUCGUGGUUGGGACAAACAGCUGGAGAGAGCAGUUUAUUGAAGCUAUCACUGUCAGUGCUGGGGAAGAUGAUGAUGACGACGAGUGUGGGGAGGAGAAGCUGCCCUCUUGCUUCGACUACGUGAUGCACUUCCUGACUGUGUUCUGGAAGGUUCUCUUUGCCUUCGUUCCCCCCACGGAGUACUGGAACGGCUGGGCCUGUUUCAUCGUCUCCAUCCUCAUGAUUGGCGUACUGACAGCUUUCAUCGGAGACCUGGCUUCCCAUUUCGGCUGCACCAUUGGCCUGAAAGAUUCUGUGACUGCGGUAGUGUUCGUCGCCCUUGGAACAUCAGUACCAGACACAUUUGCAAGCAAAGUGGCAGCCACCCAGGACCAGUAUGCAGACGCAUCCAUUGGUAACGUCACCGGUAGCAACGCGGUAAACGUCUUCCUGGGAAUCGGUGUGGCCUGGUCCAUUGCUGCCAUCUACCACGCAGCCAACGGGGAACAGUUCAAAGUGUCCCCUGGCACACUAGCUUUCUCUGUCACUCUCUUCACCAUUUUUGCUUUCAUCAAUGUGGGGGUGCUGCUGUAUCGGCGGAGGCCAGAAAUCGGAGGUGAGCUGGGUGGGCCCCGGACUGCCAAGCUCCUCACAUCCUCCCUGUUUGUGCUCCUGUGGCUCUUGUACAUUUUCUUCUCCUCCCUGGAGGCCUACUGCCACAUAAAAGGCUUCUAAAGGAACAAUCAGAUAUAGUAAAUUUAUAUAUAUAUAUACAUAUAUAUAUACAUAAAAAAUUAUGUAUAAUGAACAGAGGAAACUGACAUUUGUCAUGUUCACUUACCUGCUGAUGGAAUCCAGCUUCGAAAUCAUAUUCUGUACUAGGGCUGAAGUGAGAAACCAUCACCUCCCAUUCCCAGGGGCAUCGUCACGCUGAACAAGGCAUGGAGGCAGGGCCAUCCUUGCAGCUCAGACUAGAAGAGCUGCGUUCUCUCCAGAUACAUUGUUAAGUCUUUGUUUUCUGUUUGGGUUAGUUUUCAGUGGGGUUUGGGGAGGUGGUUGAUGUUUGGCUUUUGUUUCGUUUUGCUUUGUUUUUUGUUUUGUUUUGUUUUGUUUUGUUGGAAGGAUCAUGGUUUUUGCUUCUCUUGUGGGAGGUGAUGACCAAUCUAAAUGCAAAUGAGUUUUUGGUAAAAAUUGAAGUCCUUAAGAUUACUCUCCCUUCCUCCAAACAUUUUAAGAAUUAUUUUGGAUUAAGAAAGGAUAAGGGCAUGGAAGAAGAAAGAAGCCUGUCUUCACUAUGUUGCUAAAUCCAUGCUUAUCUCUGGAACAUGAGCAGAGGUGAAGCGGCCUCCAAGAAGAAGCACUGGAGCCCAAGCGGAGCCAGGAAACGUGAGGGUUCUAGACACCAUCUGAUAUUUAAAGAUAUGAUGCCUGGCACUCUUGUUCAACAGGUACCAGAAUAACGUGUCUAGAUUCCCAGGAACACGUGGAAUCUUUUCUUUCUUAAUCUUCUUUAGCUCUGGACUGUGACUAGUAAGGCCCUUAUUCUGGUGUUCCAGCACAGCUAAGUCCCCAGGUCCCCCAUGCCCACCCUUCUCCUCCUGCACACCACUCCUCAUGCAAACAGGAAGAAUGACACCAUUCCAAAAGCAUCAUCCUUUUCCAUGUACAUCAAUAUGUGUCCCAGUCCCAUGUUGCUGUUGCCUGGGAUCAUCCGUCGGUUUUCUUUUCAAAAGCAUCCAUGGCUUGCACAAUCCUGUUCCGGUCAUGAUUGCACCUUGGCUCCUUCUUCCUGUGCCUGUUUGGGAAUGUUGUUGUGAUACCUGUUACACAGUGCAUGGAUGAAAAACAAAUAAAACAAAACAAAGCGUAUCUGUAUAUAGUAGAGUAGAGCAUAUACUGUUCUCCCAUUCAGCAAAUGUUGAUUGGACAUUGAAGACAUAAGUGAGUUUUCUUUUCACCUGAGUUGUAACUUUUGUGUUGUUAAUUGAGUUUAUGACUAGGGAUAAAAGGAGAAAAUGGCUUAUUGUUCAUGGAUCUGCACAUUGAUUUCUAAGAAGCAAUAACUGUCAUGUGGGAAGUUAAAGCUAUCAAGAGGACAGCAGGCAAACUACAAAGUAUCGUCAUGGAAAAUUAGCCAUGUGGAACACACCAGAGGCCUCUAAAAAAAAAUUGCCUGUUGAUCCAGGCAGGCCAAGGAGAAAGAUGUAGAGAAAUGGAUGCAUUAAAUGUGCCUGGGCUUUGAGAGACUCCAUUUUCACAACACCCCUGCCCCAGAAGUAUUUAUUUCACAUCUGCUCUGUCUGGCACAGAUAGUAGAUAGUGCUGGUUUGUUUCGUUUUAUUUUUUUUCUUUAUUCUUUUUUUUUAAUGUAAAGGCUAUUUUGAGCCCUGUUUCUUUCACUGUCCAGACCCCUCUGAUUGUAUCUGCAGUUCCUGAGUAGGAAAGAUGGCUUCUUUCCUUGGCUAGGUGAGCAAUGAGUUUUUAAAAGUGAGUCUUCUCUACUUAUGAUGAAGGAGUAAGCCAUUGAAUGAGAUUAGUGCCUCCCAGGAGGAUUGCACUGGGAGAUUUUUAACCCUGGAAAAGGAACGGAUCUUUUCUAUUUCAAAAUACCAAAGAGUGUGGAUAAACCCACAUUCCAAAGUAGUGAGUCCUCUAAUGAGAAAAAAUGGAAUGACGUUAGCCUCCUCUCAGAGACUUCUCUAUAAAGAAUCCCAGGCUGGAGACACCCCUGGCCCUCUGUAUUGAUUCAAAGAUACUUAAGAAAUAAAGGCGAUUGAGAGUUAUUUUCUCGUCUUCCACUCAGUGAUUAUGAUCAUUCACUAUUUAAUAAAUAUUUGGUGACUGAAUGAAUCAUUCAACACUGGUUACCCACUCAACAGGCCAGGUAAUGUGCUACGUUCUGGGAACUAAACCAUGAACAAGGCACCCCAGACCCCAAUCCUCAGGGGGUUCACAGUUAAUGCAGUUGCUAUCUCCAUGAGUAAAAGUUAACACAGCCACUUGGAAACAGUUUGAGCCUGCAAGGAAAAACACAAUUAUGAAACUCCUAGUAUAAACACAUUAAAACUAUAUACAAAUACAAUUAGCCAAAUACCCAAGAUUUUCUGGAACUAAGAGAGUAUAAAGCAUAGGUUAGGAAAAGCAUCCUAGCUGUCCUUCUUGCAGAUAGGUACAUCUCCUCAUCUUAAACUGAGGAAGACAAUCAUGUUGGUGACCCGUAUCACUGAGGAGGCCCAAUUUAAUCCCUGCUUGUAUCUUGGUUGGUACUUUUUCCUGCCUCACACAUCUACAAUUCUUAUCUCCUGGUGACUCAUCCCUUGCCUGUCAUGGCCCAACACACUGGUGGCCUAACUCCUUUGGGAGCACAUUCUAACCCACUUUUUUUUUUUUUUUAUAUUUACUCAAUGGAAAGCUAGCUGAGAAACACCAAGUCAAUAUUGUCAAGGAAUGUGAGUUGUUUAAACAUUAGAAAGAUUUUGUACUCAUUUUUAGCCAUAUUUAGAAUGUCAGUGAUCCCAUAGCAAAAUUGUCACAGACGACUUGAAGAAAUUCUUGCCAUUGGUUAAUUUCAAUUUCAAAGCUUUUAGGUUUGUUUGCUUUUUAAAAUUUUAGGUUAUAGGGAAAAUAUGAUUCUGGUUGUUCAGGGUUUAUUAAUAAUUAUUGUUAUGUAAAAUUAUUUCAUUUUGUUUGAUUAUUUUAUUUUGUGUGUAUUGUGCACAGCUUAGGGGGAACUGCACUAAUUGUGCUGUUCCUUAUCCAUGGUACACAUUGACACAGAUGAAUAAAGUUUCUAAUUGUUUCUGACUUAAUCACUAGUGAUACCGCAUAUUCUGUACGGCAUGUGUUUUCUCUUCUCAUUGUCAUCUACUUCAUUUUUUGUUUUCAUAUUUUAAAGAAAUAAAAACCCAAAAGGUA